AUGGCACCUCACGCCCUCUCCCCUGCCGUUCGCUCCGAGGCCGCCUCGCCAUCCUCUACACAAGCACAGUCCGACCUCACCGUCCUCGCAUCCUCUCGGGCAGUGAUCAAAGGCCGUGAGACAGCAGCAACAAUCGCCAUAUCCACCGCAACAGGCAAGAUCCUGUCAAUCUGGGAGUCAGUGCUGCCCGCCUCGUCGUUCCCUGCCGGCACUCCCUAUGUCGACCACUCUCCACACAUCCUGAUGCCUGGAUUGGUAGACGCACACGUGCACUUGAACGAGCCUGGAAGAACAGAAUGGGAGGGUUUUUGGACUGGCACGCGAGCGGCUGCAUUUGGUGGUGUCACGACGGUGGUGGACAUGCCUCUGAAUGCUAUUCCUCCCACGACGACUGUGGCAGGCUUCAAGGAGAAGAUUGAGGCUGCACAGGGCAAGUGUUGGGUAGAUGUUGGCUUCUAUGGCGGCAUUGUGCCUGGUAAUGUUGAGGAGCUCAAGCCUUUGGUCAAGAUGGGAGUGAGAGGCUUCAAGGGGUUCCUCAUUGACAGCGGAGUCGACGAGUUCCCAGCCGUCUCGUCCGAGGACAUUGCCAAAGUCUUCGGCGAACUUGCAGACGAACCCACAACAGUCAUGUUCCACGCCGAAAUGAUCCCACCAGUCACCCAAUCCGUGGGCGACGACGUCCAAGCCUCCGAACCACCCAUGGCCCCUUCCGGCCCCCUGGACGUAUACCAAACCUUCCUGGACUCACGCCCCUCGACCUUCGAAACGUACGCCAUCCUCGAGAUUCUGAGUCUUGCGCAUUUGGCCCCGCAACUGCCGUUGCACAUCGUGCAUUUGAGUGCUGUGGAAGCUAUCCCCAUGUUGAGAGAGGCAAGAGCAAAGGGCGUCAACAUUACAGCGGAAACGUGUUUUCAUUACCUGUCCUUGGCGGCAGAGGCGAUCAAGAACGGAGAUACGAGACACAAAUGCUGUCCACCCAUCCGCAGUCAAAGCAAUCAAGAUGGCUUGUGGAGCGAAAUGUGCAGACCAGACGACAGUGUAAUCAAGACCGUCGUUUCGGACCACUCACCCUGCACACCCAACCUGAAGCUCUUACCCGCCAACGUGCCCGGCGCCAUCGAAACCACCAGCAAACAAGGAGAGGGCGAUUUCUUCUCGGCCUGGGGCGGCAUCAGCAGCGUCGGGCUCGGUCUCAGCGUCCUCUGGACAGAGGCUUCCACCCGCAACUUCACCAUCGAAGAUGUGGUGCGUUGGUGCUGCAUCAACACUGCCGCUCAAGUGGGCCUCUCGCACCUCAAGGGAGAUAUUGCAGUCGGUCUGGAUGCAGAUAUUGCGGUGUUUGAUGACGAAGCAGAAUUCAUCGUUCAGCCCAACACUAUGCUGUUCAGGAACAAGUGCAGUCCGUAUCAGGAUAAGACGCUGAGAGGUGUGGUCAAGGAGACUUGGUUGCGUGGCCGCAAGAUUCAUACUCGUGAGCAAGGGUUUGUUGAGAAGAGUGGUCCUGCUGGGCAAUUGCUUCUCGAGCCUAGAGUAAAGGUGUAG